AUGGCCUUCGCCCUAGGCGGAGGGUCCCUUGGCGCUCAGGCCGGUUCGGCUGCGGCUGCAUCCGGAAGUCUCCCGGAAGCCCUCGGCGCCCGACCGAUCGAGAUCCGCUUGUCGAUCAAUCUGGUCACGCUGGACGGCCGCAUCGUCAUGAAGAUGGACCAACUGCAGCCCACCGUGUCCGGACGGCCGGUCGGUGUGACGCUGGUGCAGGAGAACCAGCUACGGGUGGAGGCGCUGUUCACACCGAUCUGGAGAACCGAAACCGAGCUGACGUUGCACGCGCAGGGCGAGAUCUGGGUCGGCGACACGCAAGGCGGUUACGGGGACGCACCCGUCGCCAAGGCAUAUCGAGCCAUGCCGGUGGCGCUCGGCGACAGCGUGUUGUUCUUCCCGCUCGGUGGAGAGCGCGAAUUGCAGGGGAGCACCAGACGAUUCCACUUCCGGAGCGAGCCGUUUCCGGUUGAUCCGCCGCAGCAGAGUGAGUCGGAGGACGCAACGGUGGCGUUGGUGAUCGUGAUAGCGGUGCAGGUGAGCCUCCUCGAAAAGAACGGGGCGGCGGAACAACAGAACAUCUCUUCCUAA